AUGGCUACUCAACUCACCAGCAGUCAUGGCACGCCAGGUCUUGUACACAGCACCAGCAUAACUCAGCCCCCAGAUAUGGAUGCCGUGGAGACCCUCAAAGCCGUCCAGGGGAUUAUCAGCACUUACCUCGCCAAUGGUACAACGGGUGGGCGAAGUCGGAUUCCGACCCCUGAACCCAGUCCAGUCCCAAAGUAUUUGGAGGUUAGCAAACGAGAAAUGGAUGGUAUGAGCGGAGGUCAGGCAGAGAUUGUGCGGGAAGACGCAGGUCAGCCGAGCAAAGGGGUGCUUGCAGGGAGGCUGGUGGAAGAGAUUGGUGCAGUGAGCGGACAGCAACAGGUGACGAUAAAGGGCACUGAACCCGCCGCCAACAUCACCUCUCAGUCGCCGCAGGCCGCACGAAACAUGACAACCGACCAGCUCGAUCGUGGUGUGCUCAACCACGUAGCGGCCGACACCCUUGACGCCGACAAUACGGAAUCCCAAGGGCCAGCCACGCGCAAGCUCAACGGGGAUAGCAAUACCAAUAGCUUCGACGUCAAACCCUCGCCGCCUUCCGUGCCUCCUCAGCCCAGCCAAGAACGCCUGCUCAAACUCACUUCCGACAUUGCACACAACAUCUCUCAGAUUGCAACCGAUGAUUCCGCUCGGAUCAAAGCCCUCACGGACAGCUUGGAGCUGGCUGCUGCUCUCCGCCCUCCCGGUGACACCAUAAUGGGUUGGUUUGCCAACAUGUCCGUCAUCUCGGCCGUGCGUUUGUUCAUUCACUGGGGGGCAUUUGACAUCAUCCCGCCCAGCAAAGGGGAGAGUAUCACAUAUUCCAAGCUAGCCGCACGGGUCAACGCCGAUGAGGGACUCAUUGUCCGCGUCGCCUCCAUGCUCACCUCCGCGCACAUCCUCCUGCACCACCCCACCUCACCCACGCACCCCGCACCAUCCCUCUCCCACACCCCCAUCUCCACGCUCCUCAUCUCCGGCCAGCCUAUGUCGGCCAUGUUCUCCCUCAUGUACAACCACGUCACGGCCGUGUCCACCAUCCUCCCUUCCUACUUCGACACCUACGGCCGCACCGAGCCCACCGGCCCGGCCCACAUCCCCACCUCCUUCCUGGCCGGCCAGCCGGAGCAGGAUUUCUUCUCCCUGCUGAAGAAGGAUGACGCCGCGCUCAGGAACUUUGGCCUCGCUAUGCGCAUGACCAGCAAGCGCGUUCCCGUGACGGGGGUGUACGAUAUGACGGGGGUGUUGCGCGCGGCGGAGGCGGGCAGGGAGACGGUCUGGGUGGAUGUGGGGGGCGGUGAUGGGCAUACGGUCAGGCAGUUCCUGGGGGAGUAUCCUGGGUUGAGGGCGGAGCAGUGUGUGGUGCAGGACCUGGAGGAGGUGGUGGAGGCUGCGAGGGAGCAGGUUGAUGAGGCGUUGAGGGGGGUGCGCUGGGUGGGGAUGGACUUUUUUAAGGAGCCUCCUGUUGAAGGCGCGCUAAUCUACUACCUCCGGCACAUCAUCCGCGACUACUCAGACCCCGUCGCCGCCACCAUCCUGCGCAACAUCGCGCGCGCCAUGACAGACCCGGCCAGCCGCGUGCUUAUCUCGGAACAGCUCAACCCGGACGUGGCCAGCACCGAUGGCCCGCUGCCCCUGUACGCCGCCUUCAAGGACUUCUCCAUGCUCUCUAUCGGCGGCAAGGAGCGCUCGCUCAAGCAGUUUGAGGCGCUGGCGGAUGCCGCGGGGCUGAGGGUGUCGGGUGUGUAUAGGCAUGCGGCGACCGCGCAUGCGGUGGUGGAGCUGGCGCUGAAGCCGGGUGUCAGAGGUAACGGUCAGUCGUUGGAUGGUACAUGGUGA